AUGAAUCAUUUGAUGCACAUACAAGUUGCUAUAAUAGCAGCUAUAUUUGGAUGUGUUUCAACCAUUUUACUCAUUUUCAUUUGGAGGCUAUGUCAUCACAAGAAAGAUCAAAACCAAUCUGUUGAAUCAAAUGGUUUCAACAAAACAAAGAGCCAUCAUGAAGGAAGCAAACAUUUGUUCAGCUGGUUUGAUCAUCCAUAUCUAGCUUCUGAUGCUCUUGAAAAUGGAUGGUCAAGAUUUGCUUUUACUAGUUACAAAAGUGAUUAUAUGUCAUCAAAAAAAUCAACUUCUUCAACCCUUUUAGGAGCUUGUGGAAGAGAAGAAAAUGAGGUUGAGAUAAGUUGGGAAGUUUGUCAAGGUUCAAAUGAAUUCAUGCAAAAGAUUAGACUUAAUUCUCGUUUGAAAAAGUGCUUUUUUCAUUCUGUUGUUAGGACUUGUUUGCCUCUUCCUGGUCCUAGUUUAGGGAACCAUGUGUUUCCACAAGAAGCUUAUUUUGAAAUUACUAUAUUGUAUUCUUGUGGUGGAGAUGAUUGUGAAAUGGUUGGAAGAAGAGAAGGAGAGAAGACAAAAUUGCUUAUUGAAGAUGGUUUGAAUGAUGGAGGUGAUUUGAAAAGUGUUGAAGAAAUGAAAGUUGAAGAAAAAGAUGGAUCUGUUUUGGUGUCAUUAGGGUUGAGUUCUGGUGGAGGUGUUCCUUUCAGAGUUCCAGGAAGUUAUCCUAGAAGCAUAGGGUUCAACUCCAAUGGUUCUGUUUUUCUUGAUGGAAUGAAACUUGUAUAUGAGUCAGACAAAGCACAAUGGAUAGGAACUGACACAGUAAUUGGCUGUGGAUUCGAUCCAAGAAAAAAGAAAGUUUUCUUCACAUUAGACUCAGAAUUGGUGCAUGUAAUUCACUGCCAAUCAGAGGAAUUCAGCACACCACUCUGUCCAACAAUUGCUGCAAAUAUAGACAUUAUGGUUUUAGUUAAUUUUGGACAAGUUGCAUUCAAAUACGCGCCUGCAAAUGCGCAAAGAACACCAAAUCCGUGUUUCAUAGCACCACUUGUACAUUCCCCUGGUGCUACGCUUGGAUUUGAUGACAGUAAGGAACUAUUCUCCAUGGGAAGAAUUGAUUCGCCGUGGCAAAAUCAAUCCGCGGCGAAAUGGAAUAAUAACAGUGGGAAGAAUAAUGUAGCAUUUGAUUUUGAUGACGAGUUUGAAGCUGAUUUGUUUGAAAUUGUGUUGGAUGGUUCAGAAAAAUCACCAUAUUCACUGUCCUUGUGA